AUGGGCCAUAAGUUGUCUAAAGAACAGGCUUUCAUAAAGGAUCUCAAAGCCUCCCUCAAGGAAAGAGGAGUUAGAAUAAAAAAGAAAGAUUUGGUGAAGUUCUUUAUUUUUAUCGAUGAAGUCUGUCCCUGGUUUCUCGUUACUGGGCCAGAGAUUCAUCCCCAGAAAUGGCAGAAGGUAGGCAAAGAUUUAAAUGACAAACUACGAAAGGAGGGACCUAAUUCCGUCCCCACAACUGUUUUUUCCUAUUGGGGCUUAAUUCGUGAUAUUGUAGAUUCAGCAUCUGAUGACCCUGAUAAGCAGCAACUUUUAUCAGUUGCAGAGUUUUGUCUCCGCCCGCUUUCUCUGACAGCCUCUGUGGCUUCCAUUCCUUUGGCAGAUAAAAAUCCUUCCAGGCCCCCUUCUAUUAUUGAGAUGCCUGCCAUUCAAAGAGAGUCCCUCUAUCCCCCUCUGCCUCAAGAAACCCCUCCAUCAGAUUAUCCGCUGAAUCUCCCCAUAUUUACUAAGAAUUCUGACGAUGAUACCCUUGAGCCCGGGGACGCGGCCGUCUUAGAAGAAGAAGCGGCCCAUUACCAUAACCCUGAUGGGCCCCCUCUUACGGCCCAGUCCUCGCAAUAUCCCCCACCUUAUGCAGUUCGAACCUGUGCUCCCGCACUUUCUGCCCCUGCGCUCCCCCCUGCUACCCUUAUUGAAGCUAAAAAUCAGCUCUCCGCCCAAGUUAAUGAUCUCAAGGAGGUCCCUGAUCUCCAGCGGCAGUUUGUUCAGCUUUCUACAGAACUUUCUUCCUUGCAAAAUGCGCUUAAAGAGACUAUCCUCCUCCAGGCUUCAAGCCCAGCAGCCACUCCUCCUUCAUUGCCUUACAAAAAGGGCCCCCCUAGCAAAUCUAAAGACCUGAUUAAUAAAUCAAAAAACCUGAAAUUGACACGCGCUCAUAAAUCCAGUGCCCCUUCUCUGGAUGAUCCCCCAUUAUCCUCCAGGGAGGAACGUGUCCUUACCUCCCCCUCUAGGGGCUCUCCCUUUCCUUCAGAUAGUGAGGGAGAAAGUGAAAAUGAAAAGGGAAAUGAGGAGGAUGAUCAGGCAGUGCAGGAUGCCCCUCCGAGGGAGUUUCGUAAGCUCCAUUUUAAAACCUUAAAGGACUUGAAUGCCGCAGUCAAAGCUUACGGACCUAAUGCCCCGUUUACUCUUUCGGCCCUUGAGGCCAUGUCUCGAGGCGGCUACUUGCUCCCCUCUGAAUGGAUUCGUGUAGUGCAAGCAGUUCUGUCACGAGGCCAAUUCCUGACUUGGAAGGCAGACUUUUUUGACCGCUGCCAGUCCACAGCCGCUGCUAACUUAAAAUCUCCACACUCGCCCUCUGCGAGUUGGACGUUUGAGAAACUUAGCGGACAAGGGAAAUACGCCUCAGAGGCCCAACAGCAACGUUUUCCUGUCGGCCUUUUGGCUCAGACUGCUAAUGCUGCCCUUGCGGCAUGGAGAACCCUGCCUAACACGGGCUCACCUUUUGCCCCCCUCAACAAAAUCGUUCAGGGUAGCCAGGAAGACUUUUCUGAAUAUGUCAGCCGCCUACUUGAGGCUGCUGAAAGGACCUUAGGGCAUGAGGCAGCCAGCGACCAGCUUGUCAAGCGCUUAGCAUAUGAGAAUGCCAAUUCUGCCUGCAGGGCUGUGUUGCGUGGCAGGUUUAGAGAUAAGACCCUUGAUGACAUGGUACGCAUGUGCCGCGAUAUCGACCCCCUCUCCACAAAAAUGUAG